GGUAAUCCUGAUUUGCAGUGUUUAGUAUACAUCAGCGUAGUGUUUACGGUUAAAUUAUCAAGACAUUUAUUGCGUUAGGACGCUGACACCAUACUGAUAUUUCCACAGAAUUGUACUGUCCAGUCAGACUAUGAGUAAAGGGACAGAACCGAAGGAGGUCGAGCUCAACGAGCUGGAUCAGGAGAAGCAGCCGAUGACCGCGGAGACCCCGACAGACUCCGAGAAAAACGGCUGCGUUAAAGUGAAGGUUGCGGAGGAUGCCGAGGUGAAGUUCACCGGCCUGUCCAAAGAAGAGCUGAUGAGAGUUGCUGGGACCACGGGGUGGGUGCGGAUUCGCUGGAUUUUGCUGGUUCUCUUCUGGCUGGGCUGGGUGGGCAUGCUGGCUGGCGCAGUGGUGAUUAUUGUUCAGGCUCCUCGCUGUAAACCCAUCCCUGACAUGCAAUGGUGGAAUGAGGGUCCCCUCUAUAAGAUAUCCGAUUUAAAUGCCUUCUCUGGAGACAAAGGCAUUAAAGGAGUGGAGGAGAAGCUGGACAGUCUGAAUCAACUGAAGGUGAAAGGGCUGAUUCUAGGCCCAAUUCACAGUGUUCAGGUAGACCAGCUGGCUACCCUGGAUUUGAAGACCAUUAACCCUGAGGUGGGUGAGGAGAAAGACCUGGACAGCCUGCUAGAAAGAGCCCACAAGAAGGGUAUCUCCAUAGUGCUAGAUCUGACACCCAACUAUAACAGAACACUAGCUUGGUUCAGCAAUGCAGCUGCUGUUGCUGAGAAACUAAGAGAUGCCUGUGCCUACUGGCGACAUAAAGGAGUGGAUGGAUUCCUUUUGUCUGAUCUCCACCAGAUUGCCUCAGUUCACACCUGGCAAUCUAUUCGGGAUGUUGUUCAGGCCAACACCACGGAAGGGACCAAGAAAACUGCUUUGAUUGGUUCAGUCACCAGUCUACCUGUAGAUGCUGUCUCUCAGCUUCUUAACAAAUCUGAAGUUGACCUGUUGCUAAUCGGACUACCAAGCCUCGUCCAUUCUGGGGUGGACCAUGCUCUGGCUGUCAACCAGCUGUAUUCCAGUCACCCACAAACCAGUCUGGGCUGGAGCCUGACCCCACUCAUCUCCACAUUUGAAGCUAUGCCCAUACGCCUCCACCAUAUGCUACUCUUCACGCUGCCUGGCACGCCGGUGUUCACCACUGGAGUGGAAGUUGGCCUGAAAAAGGGGGAAUCUCUUCAUGUGAUCUGGGACUUGGAAAAUCUAGCUGAUGAAAAUAACAAAACAGCAAAGAUUGUAAGAGCAGAACGCGGGGAGGUACGAGGUUUCUUUAAGACCCUGAGUGAUUUGAGAGGCAAAGAGAGAGCUCUGCUCCAUGGAGACUACAUCCCUCUGCACAGCGCCACCUUCUCAUUUGCAUUCCUCCGCCUCUGGGAUCAGAGUGAACGCUUUAUCACUGCCCUAAACUGGGGUGAUGUACCUGUCACCAUGAUGUUUUCCAAUAACGAUCUGCCAGCUGAGGCCAGAGUCCGCCUCAGUACAGAUGCUGAAAAAAUAGCUGUGGACAACAUGGUGCUAUUAGACAAAUUGGAGCUAGAGCCCAAACAGGCUAUUUUACUGUCCUACCCUUAUGCUGGGUAGAGACAUUAGCAAAACUAUAAACACACAGCGGCACUUCAUGCAUUGUAUUAUUGUUAUUGGGACUUCCCCAAAAAGGCUGAUGUUAAAAACUUUUGAGAGUUCUGUUCUCAUCACUGUGCUGUAUUUUAGUUGAUGAAUAUGGAAAUAUGGAGUCUGUUUCUUACAAUAGAUUGUUUCCCAGUAAAUACUUUUAAUUCUACUUUUAAUUUUAUUUUAGUUCUUGUUUUCCUAUUUAAUAUUUAGAUUUUUUAAGAGCCCUAAUGGGAACUCUGAAACAGUACUUUGACAGUUCGAGGGUCCUUGAACAUUAUAGCCAUGUUUGUGAAUGGACCACGAUGAAAAAUUAAAUCUAAAACAGUGGAAAUUCA